AAUAUACAUAAGUUCAAUAGCUUGAAUCCUGGCAUUUCUACACUGGUUAUCUUGCGACGUAUUAGUCCAGGACAAAGCUCCUUACUGUACGCAACAGUUGGAAUUAUCCUCAACGUGUUGCUUACGCCCGCCAAAAACCAGGAAACAUACACAGCACAAAACGUUUCGGGCGCCACAGCGCUACCUAGCGCACACGUUCACACGGUCGCUACUCAAGUCUUCAACGUGUGUCGACAGCUGACCAAGUUUCUAGGGCAGCCAUACGGCUCGUACUAUAAACGCGGCUUUGUGCCUGGGCGCGCUAAAGCCCCAGUUACCUUACCCUCUAAGCGCAGACAAAAGUCAUGUCGUCUGGGCUCGGGCACACGCCAGUGAUAAGUCGUCACGGAUCCUCACCGCACCUACCAAUUGGGAGGGGCGAUGAAAUGGUUCCGACCUGCGUAGAUGGACUGACCAGUUCCAGCAGCCCUACUGGGAAAAAGAAGGGAGGCCUCCUGAAGAACCUCAAGCGCAUUGGUAUGUUGAUCACUGGCAACUCUUUGAGGCACUCUAAUGCUGAUGGUGUGCGCUCAGAGAGCGACCCCUCUCAGCGGAAUGGUCUGGCCCAUGCGCUUUCUACUCCGGAGCUGGCCUCGGCGACCCUGGCUACCUCGCUGCCCAAUUCCAUUUCGAAAAUGGCGUCUGCCGACAUUUCACGCAGCCAUCGUUUGGCCGCAAUCCUGCGGGGUGGCAGUGUACGCAAUGGUGGCCUUGGCAGCAGCCCGCCCAUCGAACCACAUUCUCCCUGCUCGCCAUUUCCGGAAAUUGAGGAACGACCAGGUUUCCCUCAUCGCGAAAACGAAGAUUGCAACUUGCAGUGCGGAAGCUCUGGCGUAUGUUGCAACGUACGUGGCACGUGCGGGCCACGUGUCGCUAUGUCGCAACCGCCAACUACAGCGCGUCCUCAGCAAUCACCAUCUCCAGAGACAUCAUCUUCGCCGUCUACUGCACUAACAUCUCAUUCUUGUGGGCUAAGCAGCUGUGGCUCGGACCGGCCUGAGGCUGUAAGCAAUGUCUCGCCUAAUGCGACGACUUUGGCGUCUUCGGUACCCUAUCCAUCCACACCAGAUGCGCUUCCACCUCCUUAUUCAGCUCCUACCCUAUCGUCUAUGCCUCCAGCCUGUGGUCCGCCUUCCUCCUCAACCAUGUUGGCAAUCAACCCAGCCCUUCCGGGCGCCAUGCGUCGUCGUGAUUGGUGCUUGGAGGACUACCAAAUCAUUAAACGUUUGUACAAAGGAGCGUCUGCAAGCGUUUACAAGGCGACGUGUCUUCGAUCCGGGAUGCCCGUAGCACUCAAGGUGUACUUCCUGAACCGGGUACCUCGCAACGUGGUGCACAUGAUCAAGCGCGAGAUCGAGCUGCACCACGCGCUCGUGCACCCGCACGUGGUGUCGCUGCACGCCGCCUUCCUGGACGCCUCCUCGCGCAUCGUGCUGGUGCAGGAGUGGGCGGCGCGGGGGGACCUGUUCCACAUCACCCGGCAGCUGGGGGGCCGCAUGACGGAGGUGCAGGUGGCCGAGCUGGUGCUGCGGCCCUUCCUGGAGGCGCUGGCCUACCUGCACGCGCACGGCAUCUGCCACCGGGACAUAAAGCCCGAGAACAUCCUCUUCACGGACCAGUGGGUGCUCAAGGUUGCGGACUUUGGGGUGUCCAUCAACCUGAGCGAGGAGCGGGCGGUCACGCGCGCGGGCACCGUGGACUACAUGGCGCCCGAGGUCAGCCGAUGCCCGCUGAAGGCCCGACCGGAGGACAACAAGGAGGACGAAUCGCUGGCCUACACCUCGGCUGUAGACAUCUGGGCUGCCGGGGUCCUAGCCUACGAGCUGCUUGUCGGCUUCCCUCCCAUGAUCACACCAGCAGCCACCCCCCAGCAGCAGCACCUUGGACAGACCCAUGGGUCAUCAUCCAGCCGUGGGGCCAGCUCCAGCAGCUCCCAGCUGCACUUCCCGGCCUCCCUCUCGCUGGCCGCUCGCAACUUUGUGCUCAGUGCGUUGUCUGAGAACCCCGGCGACCGCCCGACUGCGCAAGAGCUGUUACAGCAUGAGUGGAUACGUGCAAGUGCGGUGCUCGCGGCGGCGGGCGGCUCCACGGGCAAGCGGUGAUGACGAGGAUUCGGGGAGAGCAACACCGUUGUACCGUUUACGGGUACCGUUAUACCGUUGUCAGGUGCUGUGAUGGCAGCGGUGCUGGUGGCAGCGGUGCUGUGAUGGCAGCGGUGCUGGUCCUUGUGUCAGCCGGGGUUGGAGCAGGAGGGCGGUGGUGUUGCGGCAGGCAUAGCGUUUGAAGGCGUUUGAAGGCAGGAAGCGGAAAUGAUGAAAAAGCAGCCGAUGGGAAUGAGGAGGCGCUGCGGGAGGAAAGGUGGUUAAGAGCAGUGCGAAAGAGAGUGGCUGGGAAUGAGGCUGACGGGAAGAUCAAAGAGGGAAAGGCGAAGACGACAACGCGUGGAGAAAGAAGCAUGGUGACACAUGGAGAGCUCCUGACCUUGCGUGCGAAGAGAAGCUGGGGUCCUGGCAGGGAACAAGGUGUGUUGUGGUGUGGGUUGAGGCGGCGCAAUCGUCGUGUAGUGGGGGUGCAGUCAACGUAAUUGAAUUGACGCGGUGAUAGCCAGGUACAUGUGAGAUUGAACAUAGGUUAAUGUGCAUGUGUUUUAUUCAAGCAUGGGUAUGGGUGGACAACAAUAUACUGCUACUGACGAAUUUGUUUGGAGUGGGGUGCAGAAGCGACCCAUGGGUCUCUCGUUAGCCCUGUGAGCUACCUUCGCGAUAAGCUGGGCUGCCGUCCGGUGUGCUGCGAAGGUUGCGGGUGGGUGGUGGCCGCCCCUCCCAGCUGCGCAAAUCUGCAACUAGGGGCUUGCAUGCAUGCAUGGAUACGGGCUCUUGCUUUGCACUGGCAUUCUUUGGGAACUGGUUUUCGUGUUGACAGAUGAUGGCUCGGCUGGUGAGGUAACUGAAGAUCUACAUGCCGAUUGAUUACGUGUCGCUGUAAAUGGCAUUUUAUGUUGCACCAGGCUUAUUAACGCCUAGGUGAUUGAGUGGAGGUAGGUCUUGUUAUGAUAAUCGAUCCUCAUCGAGCCUCACUUACAUAUGUGGUAUAACCAUUUUAGGGUGUUUUGGGGUUUAGGGUGUUUUGUACAUUACACGACCCUUUUUCGACUGCUCGAGGGGCUACAACAUGUGCCUAACGUAAAGUCUGCGGAGCUGUGUCGCACCGAGACGUUAAAAUCUGGGCUUAGGGGAGCUGCCGUACUAGGUCUCCAGUGUUACGUGCGGCUAAGCGGUUUGUCCUAUCGAUGAUAACUUUUUUCCAAUAAAAGCAGGAGCAUUUCUGUGGAGAAGUACUUAGCCGACGUUUUGGGGUGGCGGUACCGAGCGGAAUGUUUUUUCUGGAAAUACCAGUACCUAAAAAGGCCGCCAGGUGGGGCAACGCGUCUGGGAUACGCGUGGUACUAGCAGUGUACACUUAGGCCUCUUGCGUAUGGACCAAGACCUGGUCGCAACAGUUCAUUAGCGCACAUUGUGGAUGUGUUUAUGUGGAGCAUGUCGCUAGCGACUACGUGUCUUGCAGCAUGUGGCGCGUAUUGGUAGCGAUGAUGAGUGUUGCAGCAGCCGGAUGGCUACACGUGAGUUCUGAACAUGUAGUACCUUCAUGCGCUCAACGGUUCACGGACAGCAUGUCUUUGCGACGCGCGCAGUUACGAUGGCGCGUGUGGGUGAGAACGGCAGAUUUCGGGUCGUCGUCGUGAAAGGGUGGAGCCGCUGGCACGCCAAGGACAUUGUGGAGGUGCUCAGGCGCCUGGGAAGCCCCGCUGCUGGCCGUUUAAAUGCAAUGACAUGCUGCUGUUGCUGCUCAGCUGUCCGGUUCGAAGUUGUUAAGUAUGUAGUAGGUGGG